AUGCGGUCCGGCAAGUCGAAGCGAGGCGAGGCGAGGCAAGGCAAGGCGAGGGGUGGGCCGUGUGGAGCAAGGAGAAAGGUCACUGCGGUGGGUGUGGUUGGGGCAAAGAACGGAAGCGAGAAGCCCAGAGAGAAGGCCGAGAGAGGGUUGGGGAAGCGCAGCCGAGCCAUCCAGGGACGCGAGGCCACGCCACGACGGCAGAGCGGCGCAAGGGAGCAGCAGCAGCAGCAGCAGCAAGGUGGAGAUCUGCAACGGGCACGGCGCGGUUGCAGCUUGGGUUCCAGUUGGCCUUGCAAGCACCGCUUGAAGAGCCCAGCCACGGGCUCGACGUCGGCCGCUCCGACGGGCGCAACCCCGCCGGUCGAUUCUGCACGGUCUCUCUCGCCGCCCACUAUCACUAUCAGUCGACUCGUCAAAGCUGGCGACCGAUGGCCUGAGUUGUCAAAGGCGCAGUGGGUGGGCGUGUGGGUGUAUGGCCAGGCCAAUUUAGGGACCGCCAUGCGGGCAUCCGAAUCUCAGGUGGAAGACGGCGCUCCGAACCGUAAUCGUGCAGCUCCCGAGGGUGCGGAUUUUUCCGGCGGUGUGAGAUCACAACAAGCUGCCGCCUUCGCGCUGGAAGGAGGCAUGUGGGAUCGCAACAUACUCAGUCUACCACAGACGCAGCGAAAGGGCGGAAGGGCGAGUGUGCCUCUGGCGCCUGUUCACUACCGUGCGGACACGGCGGUCGUCGGUCGCACGUCGCUUCCACCCUUUCUUUUUCGGCAACUCUUGCCAAAAUUCCAUCCGCAGAAGGCGGCUGCAGUUGCUUUUUCGCUCGACUCGAUACUGGCCGCCUCGACCCCACCACCUCGCCCCCCUUCCACCACAAUCCGUUUCUUCAUUCACAGCAUCGACACCAUGGACGAAGAACUGGUCGAUGAUCGACCUAGGAUCCGCAACUCCCAAGCCUGCCUCGAGUGCAGAAAAGCCAAGAUCAAAUGCAACGGCAAGCGCAAAGACGCGCAGAACUGUUCCAGAUGUGAAGCCAAGGGGCUCGAUUGCUCUUGGACAGCCUCACGCCGCGGAAAGAAGCCUGGCACCAAAAAUCUGGCUACGCGUGCGCGCGAACAGUCUGAAGCCCUCCAACGUCAGCUCGAGCAGCAGCUCCACACCAAGGUCGAUCGAAGCUCGCCUCCUGCGUAUGAUUCUCAACCCAGCCUUUAUCGACAAGCAUGGGACCCGGCAAGCCAACCGCGCGCGUCGACCUCCUAUCCUCCGCACCCUGCCGAGACGGAACAGCGCCUGAUGCAUCGCUACGGCUCCGAUGUAAGCAACCACCAGUCACCUCAAAGCACAGCCACAGCCUCGUCGUCGUCCGGCUCGCAUCUCUCGUCGUCCGUGCCCACCGCCAUGUCUUCGAAUGGUCACAACGGCAGUCACACGAGCAACUUCAGCGGCAACAGCAGUCGACGUACUUCCAAGUACCACGACGGCCUCCUCAUUCGCGAAUCACGCAUGCCGCCUUCUUCCACCAAUCCGCUCCUUUGUCUUUCUGAGGCUGCGCUCGGUAAACGUUGCACCGAAUCUGACAGCGAAGAAGACGAGCUUGCGGCCGACAACGAGCCCAUCGAAGCAGACGCCCAGCUUCUGGGAGACCAGGAGGAUGGCAAGAAACGCUCGGCCCUCCACCCGUUUGUGGACGACUUGAUCAACGAGGAGGAUGACGCCCAGGCCAAGUCGGCUCGCGAGAUUGCAAGCAUGCUCGAGAGCAGUGGCUGGACUCGUUCGUGCCUUGCCCAUGCUGCAUGCGAACGUGCUUCGUACUUUUCCGGCGCAUCCGCGUCAGCCAGCUGGGAUACGCGCCGAUGCGAUCCGUUGGAGCAGGGCAUCGUGACGAUGGACGAAGCACGUCGCCUGUUCCAGCUCUUUAUGGACACGGUUCACGAGCAGUUCUGCAUCCUCGAUCCCGUCAUUCACAACGUCGCCACCAUCAAGGAAUCCUCCAACUUUCUCUUUUCGGUCAUUUUGGCCAUCGCCACUUCCAUCGAUCGCAGUCCCCGCUCGAUCCGGCAAUUCGAGCUCCUGCGCAAGCUGGUCGACUCGCUCGUUGUCGAAGUGCUCAGCCGCAACGUCAAGAGCGUCGAGGUCGUCAAGGGCCUCAUCGUGUGGCCCAUGUGGGCGCAUCUCACCCCCCUGAUGGCCGAGGAUCGAGCGUGGCUGCUUAUCGGAACGGCGGCACGCAUGGCCAAGGAGUUGGAUCUUGCCAUGCGCGACGACGUGCCGCAGGAAGACGAGCUCGCUCGUCGUCACGCCCGUGAUCGCUCCAGGACAUGGGCACUGGCUGCCAUCAUGGAGAGAAGCUUCUCGUCCUUCUCGGGCCAGCGUCCCAACACCACGCUCGACGUGGACUGGGGUACGCUCAACGAUUGGCUCAAAUCGCCCAUCUCGCUCGACGGCGAUAUUCAGGUCGUGGCGUUCCUGCAUCUGCGCCGUAUCGAGGAGAUCAUGCGGACGCGCAUCUUCAGUCAGAGCUACUACGAGGUCGGCUCGAUCGAGAGCAUCCGCGUCUCUGCCAACGUGCUUCUCGAGGCGUGGUCCGAGGCCUGGUGCGAGCAUCCGGCGCUGGACAAGCACCCGCUCACCUCGACCAUUAUGCGCAUCAUUGGACUGCACGUGCGCGUGCUCAUUAACACGCAUGCCAUUCGCGAGUCUGACCGCAGAAGGGCAAUCUGCGAAUCGUCCAACAUGCGCAUCCUGCGCAUCUGCGGCGAAUCGGUCAAAGCGGCGCGCGAAUGCUGCGUGAUGCUCUUGAAGGACGCGUGUCGACUGGCGCUUGACAAUUUGCAAGGCCAGGCGCACACCGUUAGUAGGAUCGUGGCAGCCAUGCUGGGUUGGUCAGGCGUGCAUUUGCUCAAGAACGGACCGAUCGAUACUCGUGGCCUGGUGGUGCAGUUGGGCCUGCUGCUGGCCGGCGACCCGCUGGACUCUGCCCAUUCGCGCUCCUUUGCGCGCUUCUACGGUCGCUUCAUCCUCUCCCUCAGCGCCGAGCUGGUGGAGCGGGAUCGGGCCGAAAAGCACCGCAGGAAGCGCCAGCGACUGCGAGGAUCGUCUCACAUGUCGACAGGCUCUAGCGGCGUAGGCAUCGCGAGCCCGCGCGGCGAAGCAAGCAACAUGGCUCGCCACAACACGGCAGGCAGCGCUGCGGCCAGCCACGAUGCAGGCAAGGCUGUCGUUGCUCCCGGCCUAGGCACCUCCGUGCCAGCCGCCGCGAUGAGUGACAUGGCAUUCGCUUUCGAGUCUGCGGCCCAGAGCGGGCUGCAGACGCCCGGCAUGAUGGGACGACCGGCAAUGAUGGGCCAUCCAGGUGGUGCCGCCGCGAACUCCAUGUCGCCAUCCAUCUCCAACGCAGCUGGUCAGUCGCAUGCAUUCAUGCCGGCGGCUGGCACUGGCGCCGCCAGCUCGACGAACCACAUGGCAGGCAUGUUGAGUGGCGGCAGCGGUGCUGGAGGUGCGUCGCCAUUCUCGUCGGCGUACCGUUCAGCGACCGUGCCGUCGUCCAUGGCAAGCAACGGCGCCUCGGGAUUGGAUCCGGUGACUAGUACCUGGCUGGGCACCGACGACCUGCUGGACCAGUACAUGCAGAGCAUCCUGCCGAUCUUCAACGACUUUGAUCAUGCCACCAACAACACCAUGAUGAACAGCAUUGGCGGCGGCGGUGGCGUCGGGGUGCCCAUCUCGGAAGUAGGGCGUUAG